AUGUCUUUCAAGAGCGGCAUAUCAUUGGAUAAUAGCAAUCUCAAGUUUCUUGAGCUCAAGAAGUAUGCGAUCAAUGGGUUGAACGGAACCGCUGUUCCCAAUGGUGUCCAGUGUUUGGCUGUUGAUAAUCAACGGCAGACAGUGUUCGCCAUAAAUGGUUCCCAAUUAUCUGUCAUACCAUUGACUGAAUUGUUGGCCUUCGAGUGGAACCGAUCGGUGAUUAACGAGACGUCAACACAAUUGCCGGGAGUGUCCGUUGAACUCAACUUUAGGGCUCAUUUCAUAUCGCUUUCGGCGGCGGGUUUUGGCCAAAAGCUGGCCGUUUGUGGUACUGAUGGACAGACCAAUAGUCCAUUCAUUAUGUUUUAUGACUUGAAUGAGAUCUAUAGGAAUCAGUCAAAGAGCUGUCCAUACAAUCGGGUAAACCUCGCGAACAGCACAGGACUCGUCACUGACAUUGUAUGGCAUCCGGAGAUCAGCGACGAUCUCUUCGGCUGUUGUGUCGCCGACGGCUCGCUGUAUAUCAUAUCUAUUGGCGACGCGUCUACGAAGUCGUCCACAAUUAUGGCCGAUAUUAGACCAAUGAAUGGUUCGCAUCCGCUGUCAAUGUGUUGGUCACCAAAAGGCAAACAACUGGUUGUCGGUCACAAGAAUGGCUUCUUCUCGCAGUACAAACUGAACACAACGGCCGGACAUCCGCUGCAAGAGGUGAAGAAGACACCACUCAUGAGUGGACUUCAAGACUAUCACGUGAUUGCCAUUAAAUGGAUUGUUUCGUCACUUUUCGCGGUCGCCAUCUGUAAAGACAAUCCCAACGAUAGGGACACUCACUUCCUCUUAGUCUCCACACCAACCAAAGCACAGCCAGUGUUUGUGGACUUCGGGUGCGUCUGUUUGGACAACUAUGACGUCCAGGACUCGUAC